AUGUCGUCGUCUGUUGCGAGCUUGGUUGCCCUGGCUGGAAUCCUGGGCCACACCACCAUCACCAGCACGGAGGCGCUGCAGGUGCUCACUCCGGCGGUGGCUGAGACGGUCGUGUCUGGGAGGCCGUACAUCGUGUCGUGGAACGGCGCAUCGGCGGAUGACCGCUUCGAGAUCGACCUCCACUACUGCGGCUCGUAUUCCUACUGUUUCGAGGAGGCGGAGUGCGGGUUCUGGCUGGCAAACGUUUGCGCCGAGGGGGACGGCAGCGGCUGCAUGAGCCAAGCCGACCAGAGCUCCCAGGUGACCUUCCCGGAGCCGCUCGGUGGUCGCUCGAACGAGGGCUACAGGAUCAGGAUCGCCGAGGUCGGGUCGGAUACGUACCGGUGUUCGGACGACUUCUACCUCAUGUCUUCUGCGGAUGCGCCGGCAGUCGGGGAGGACGGGGGGCCGACGAUAGAGGUGGUUGCGCCGACGGCGGAUGCUCUGGCUAUCGCGGGGGAGAUCUACACGGUGGAGUUCGACUACGACAACGGCUUCGGCGAACAGCUCGGGCGGUUCAAGAUCGACCUCUACAAGGCGUUGGGGGAGGACGGGGCUGGAGACUGCGGCACCUGGGUCACCUCCGUCUGCGACAAGCCGGACGUGGGCUGUCUCGAUAGCCAGGGAGACUACAACGUAGUGAUCCCGACCGAUUCUGAGGACGGCAUGUACAAGAUUCGCGUUGGCCUGUUCGGGGACGACACCAUCUACGCAUGCUCGCCGUCGUUCGAGGUCGUCGCCGCCGCCGCCGACGCGGCGGGGGCGGCGGGGCUCUGGGUGGACUCGGCGACGUCACUAUCGCUGCCCGAGGUCUCGCUUCCCUAGGUCACGAGAACCAACAAUCAAAGUGUCCGUUCUUCCGAGAUGUGUCGGAGAGCCUGGGCGGGGGGGGGGGCGCGGAUUGACUUAAAAAGAGGAGGCUCGGAAGUAGCGAAAACGUGUAUAUUAUGACGAAUAUUAUGACGAUGUAGACUUCGGUUCGUCAGCUCUGGACAGAUAGAUCGGCUUGCUUCCAGAAAAUUUUGUGACCGCUUGUUGUUUGUUUCUUCUUGGACCUUCCUUGGAAGGGCACGAAGUCAACACAGGCAUCUAUCUAUCUAUCUGGUGUGUGCGUUUGUAUUCUGUUUUCGGGUGAUUUUGGGUGAUUGUGUCUGUUGUUUGUUCCC